AUGUGUGGACAAGGAUUCGGCAUGCUUCAGGGUGCAGUCCCAGUGCACGCACACCAUCCAGCGGUGGACGUGGGGCAAGGCGAUACCAUUCCUCAUACCCCAGACCUGCCUCCCUUCCACACACCUGGACGGCAAACUGCUUGGUGUCGGCAAUCUGUCGGGCCGUCCGUUCUCGCAGAUUCUGCAUGUCUGCCAGUGUCCUUACCAGCCGGUCCUUGGAUUCUGCAGCCUCCUUCUGAGCGAGUUCCAGCUGCUCCUUGGCGGCUUGCAGUGCCUGCUUCAGCUCGUCUGGAGUGA